AAAUGUAUAUUAUUUAGCAGAAUAUAUAAGGUUGAAAAAAAUGUAAAACGCUACAGAACAAAAAGAGAGGGAGAAUAAUUUUUUUUUAAAAAAGAAGAGAAAAGUAAAAAAUGACGCAGUUAGACUAUUUGGCAAGGGUGGAUUUUCUGGUCUGGAUUAGAUUUUGGAUGACGUUGGCCGCACCUGAUAAGAGAAGACUACUAACUCACGUGCCGUGCAGAGAAGACCUUAUAAAAAGCCUUUUAUCAUAUUAGUGUGGGCUACGAUUAGAAGGCCCAAUCAUUUAUCAUAUUGGUGUGGGCUACGAUUAGAAGGCCCAUUAACUUAUAAUCCGACCAUUUCUAACAUCUUCGUCUCUCACCGGUCUCUCAAGCAGUUCAUCUUUCUUUUAUCUCAUACCAAGGAAAAAUCUCAUUCAUUUCUUUUUAUUUUCGUAAGCCUGAAAGAUUCGAAAACUCCAGAAGAAUAAGAGCAUAGGUUAACUCUAACAGCUCCAUGUUCUGCUCGGCGUAUACACCAAGUUGCAUUUACCAUCUUCAUGUCUACAAGCCCGUUUGUCGGAAACAGAGGUUUCGGGUUUGUUCAUCUACUUCUAGCGAGAGUGAUAGGUUCAAAGUAGAGUACACUCCGUGGCUUAUCGUAGGAUUGGGUAAUCCAGGGAACAAGUAUCAAGGAACAAGACACAAUGUUGGUUUCGAGAUGAUUGAUAAGUUGGCUAGAAAAGAAGGGGUUUUGAUGAACACAAUACAGUCCAAAGCUCUAAUCGGAAUAGGUGCUAUCGAAGAAGUACCUAUCUUGUUGGCUAAACCUCAGACUUACAUGAACUUCAGCGGCGAAGCGGUUGGAUCUUUAGCUGCACAUUAUCAAGUACCAUUGCGCCACAUUUUGCUGAUAUACGAUGAGAUGGCUUUACCAAAUGGGGUUUUGAGACUUCAACCAAAAGGAGGUCAAGGCUAUCACAACGGAGUAAAGAGUGUAAUGGGGAAUUUGGACGGUCGUAGAAACUUUCCUCGACUAAGCAUAGGCAUUGGUCAUCCACCUGGAAACAUGGAUAUGAAAGCUUUUCUUCUUCAGAAGUUCAGUCCAUCAGAACGGAAACAGAUUGAUGAAGCACUCGAGCAAGGGAGUGAAGCAGUGAAGACUCUUGUCCUCAGUGGGUUCAGUGAAGGAAUCUCAAGGUUUAAUCUUGUGCAGAAGUAUAAAUUCCACAAAGUAUAAAUGAUAAAACUAACAGACGAGGGAUACAGAUUGGUUUAGCAUUUUCAUUUUGUUGUUAAACAGAUGAUUACAAUACCAACAAAUUAGUAUUGUAUAUUGCUUUGUUUGCAACUGCA